CCUUCUUGCAAGCUCUAAACAUGCAUUCGUAUUUUAUUAUUUUUGCUUUGAUUGGCUUUUGCCAUGGACAGUCAAGACUGGGAUCAUACAACAUUAACCCUGCUGUGUCAGUGUCUGGCUUGUCCUCAGGAGCCUACAUGGCCAACCAAUUCCAUAUCGCUCAUUCUGGUAGAAUCGUGGGAGCCGCCAUGUUUGCUGGAGGACCAUACUAUUGCGCAUUGGGAAAUAUGCUGACUGCAGUAAACACUUGUAUGAAAAUCCCUACAAGUAUCAGUGUUUCUGUUCUAAAAACGUAUGCUCAGACUUUUGCUUCAACUGGACUUCUUGAUCCUUUAUCAAAUCUCUCAAGAUCAAAAGUGUUUAUCUUUUCUGGAACCCGUGACACUGUUUUAGUUCAAGGUGUGGCCAAGAAACUGGAAGAAUUUUAUGCUGGAUUCCCAACUGGAGGACUUAAAACUGUGUAUACUGUUGCUGCUGAACAUGGCAUGCCUACAGAUAACUAUGGAGGUGCUUGUGGAACAACCAAUAACAAUUAUAUUAACAACUGCAAUUACAAUGGGGCGUAUGAAGCUCUGAACCACAUCUAUGGAGGGCUUCAGAAACCCAGCAGUUCUGCAUCACCAACUGGACAGCUGAUUUUGUAUGACCAGUCAGAAUACUUCAACCUGGCUCACCCCUCUACAUAUGGAAUGGACACUGCUGGCUACGUGUAUGUUCCAACCGCCUGCCAGAACGGAGCAUACUGCAGACUGCACAUCGCCUUUCAUGGAUGUCUCCAAGGAAGGGAAAAAGUUGGUGACACAUUUGCCAGAUAUGCUGGCUACAACCAGGUUGCUGAUCUGAAUAACUUUAUCAUCCUGUAUCCUCAAGCCAAGUCCAACCUGACUAACCCCAACGGAUGCUGGGACUGGUGGGGAUACAGUGGAAUUGCUUAUGCAAACAAGAAUGGCUUCCAAAUUGGCGGCGUUGAAAGAAUGAUGAGAAGAACAAUGGGGCAAUACUAAAUUCAUCCAGAAUAAUAUACAAAUAUCUCAAAUGAAAACCAGUUGGGUGUAAUGCUCUGCUAACGUGACUGUUAUGUACUACAUUUAUUAAAUGUAUACUUUUCCAUCAGGAGCUCAUCAAAUGGAAACAAUUGUUUAAAUCUUAAUCUUCAAUGACUUCUGUGUCCCACUCUUCCAUUUCCAGUGUCUUCCUUUAUGACUCUUUAUUUUCUCAUCCCUGUGAGAUCUUUUUUUCAUUUUUAUAUUUGUUUCUUAGCUCUCUCCUUGUUUUUCUCCCUGUAAGUUAGCGAUUCUCUGUAAUGAAACAAGUAAUGAAAACAAAGGUAUUAUAUAUAUAUAAAGACAUAGAAUUUCAGGAUUUAAAUAUGUGUAUAAUUUACUAGUAUAAAUAUUGUAAUGUUGUAAAAAUGUUAAUAUGAAUGAAGAAAAACACAAUAAAACUGUAAAAAAUUUAAAAA